AAGAAGUGAAGGAUACCCAUUACCAACACAUACGUAAAAUAGUCUACUGGGUUUAUGGCUGUAUCGUCAUUUACUGAGCAAUCGGUGACGCGAUAGGUGAUACAUCCGCGAUUUGGGUAUAUCCCCAGACACCAACUACCGGUCGUGUUGAACGUUGCUCAUUAUCUUGUAGUUAUAAACCUGUUCGCGUUCUACGAGUGAGCACGUUAAUAUUCGACCAAGUUAUCAAUUCUUCGGACGUUAAUUUUUUGUUCGAUAUUUUUAGUUAAUAUUUCCAAGUUUUUUUUUCUGUGUUGAGAAGUGUACUAAAGUGAAAAUUUAAAAAUGAGUUAUAAAGAUCAGUUGUGUUUUGAUCUAAAUGAUGGAACUAAAAUGCCAGCUGUCGGAUAUGGAACUUGGCAGUCUGAAGAAGCUGACUUGAUAAAAGCUCUAAAUACAGCUUUGGAAGUCGGAUAUCGACAUAUCGAUACGGCUAUCGUGUACUUCAAUGAGCACGUCAUCGGUAAAGUUCUACAAGAAUGGUUUUCAUCUGGUAAAUUGAAAAGAGAAGAUAUUUACAUCACUACUAAGCUACCAUUCAACGCUUACAGAGCUCGCUCGGUUGAAAAAUACAUAAAAAAGUCGUUAGAAAAUUUAAAGCUUGAUUAUCUCGACAUGUAUCUGAUCCAUGGACCAUUUGGAUUCGUAGAAGGCGAAGAAUUCUUUCCCAAAAACGAAGACGGCAAAUUCAAACUCGAUUACGAUAUCGAUCAUGUAUCUUUGUGGAAGGCGAUGGAAGAGCAAGUAGACGCUGGACGAACAAAAUCCAUCGGUAUAUCGAACUUCAACAUAAACCAAAUCCAGCGACUUUUAGAUAACUCUAGAAUACCGCCAGCUAAUUUACAAGUCGAAUUACACAUCAAUAUGCAACAAAAACCACUGGUCGAGUUUUGUAAAAAAAAUAAUAUCGUUGUAACAUCGUAUUCUUCUCUCGGAUCUCCUGGAACUAUGGUCAAAUUUGGAAAAACAGUGCCAACUUUAAUGGAAAAUCCUAGUGUAGUUAAAAUAGCUGAAAAAUAUGGAAAAUCUCCAGCUCAAAUUGCCUUACAAUUUAUUGUCCAACAAGGUAUCGUUAUUAUACCAAAAAGCGUAAAUGAAAAAAGAGUUGCGGAAAAUUUCAAGAUUUUAGAUUUUAAAAUUGACGAUGAAGAUAUGGAAACUUUGAAGGGAUUAGAUCAAGGAGAAGCAGGUCGAGUUUUAGCAUUCCAUGAACAUUUUCCAGGAGUCGAAAAACAUCCAGAAUAUCCAUUUCCCUUUUUAGAAAAAGAAUAAUUUUUCUUCGAAAAAUGGAACAAUUAUUAUUACGAUUACCUACUCGCACAUUCCAACAUCAUCACCUGCUUAUCGUCAGAAUCAAUAAACCUAGCUUUUGUGAUUGUGAUUACAUCUUAAAGCUGAAAAAAGUUGGAUAGAGGAAGCUUUUAAUCUCUUGUGAUAGAUUUCACGUGCUACAGUUUUAUAUGAUCAUACAUGCCUAUUUUUUUCUUUAUUAGAUGCAUUAAGUAUUACAUUGUUUUAUUUUGUUACGUUGGUAAAAUAAUACAUUAUAAAUUUAUUCUUGAUA